AUGGCCGAAGUCCGCACCGAAUUCUACGUCAGGAGAACUCUCGUUGUGCCAGCCAGUGUGCCAAAAGAUGGUGAGCUGUCCAGUCGCAAAAGUCUCGCCGGGCCUUUGAGAUUGUCCGUCCAUGAUUACUCGGUUCUCGAUGCGAACCCCGAUGGCGCCACCUUCGUCCUCACACAUGGCAAUUCUUACAACAAAUAUUUCUGGGAGCUUAUCAUCAAUCUCCUUCUGAAACGGCCGGAUCUAAAGCGAUUUAUCAAGAGGUUUAUCGCUAUCGAUGCAGCAAACCAUGGCGAUAGCGCGAUGCUGAAUCGAGGCGUGCUACCAGUCGAAGGUCAGCGCUACAAAGCUCACGCAAAAUAG